AUGUUCAAGUUUAACUUUGGCCACCUGAUAAUGGACCAAGAACUCGACGACCUGUCUGAUGGGCACGAGGAAGACAUCAAAGAUGAAAUCAUCAUCCCAGAACAGCAACCAACAAAGCCAUCGAAUCAGACACCUUGUGAAGAGAUUGCGCUCGAAGAUUUGAUUCAGACACUUUCACCUGCUAUAUCCUAUACGCCAAUCGUCAUACCACUCAAAGACGGUAGCGAGCCCAUCGUGCUCCCGCGUCGAGACCUGUACGACGCACGUUACCAAAUCAUUUCUGAACACACCCUCAGCGAUACCGAUGACUCGUCAGACGAUGCCAGUGACGACGACGACGAUUUGUUACACACAGAAGCAGGCUCCUCGGCCUCACAGGGCAGGGUCACAGGAACAGGGACAGCCAUGGACGUUCACGUUGAUGACCCAGAUAACAUGAAUAUCGAUAAACUCUCACUCGCUGUGCCCCAUAGGGAGGAACGGGAAGAGGGACAUCCGGUGCAAGAGUCACGACGAACAAGGGUGCCACCCGAUGCAAGCGCAAAGAAGCUCGAGCAGAAGAGGAGAAAAGAGGGCCUCGAUCGUAUCCAGGAACUGCAGUAUAUUGAUGCACCAUCGGAUGUAGUUCCGAAUAUUUAUGAAGGCGGUCUCAAGACGUGGGAAUGCAGUAUCGACGUCGUGCAAUAUUUGUCACAAUUCGUCUCCACUUCGGAGAGGCUACCGUUUCGUGGACGUUCUGUGCUCGAGGUUGGAUGUGGGACUGCAGUCCCGACCGCCUAUAUUCUUCAAUCCCUGUUCAAUGAAGAUGCCCCCUCAUCAGACUCAAAGCCUACAAUAUUGCAUGUGCAGGAUUACAAUCAAAGUGUUCUUGAACUCGUAACGCUUCCAAAUCUCCUCCUUGCAUGGUAUUCAUCAAACGCCUCUUCGGAAUACAAGUCGUCCUUUCCCGAACCCGCACCGUCUCCAACCCCAGAGUCGGAUACCAUAGACACCAUCAAAGAAGAAGACGAGAUGGACGAGGAUCCACGACCGUCAAAACCCUCUGAUCCACGUCAAGCAGGCGAUGUCGACCUAACACCGCCAUUCCUUGAUGCCUUUCGUGCGUCUCUCGCAAAACACAACAUCCGCCUUCGCUUUUCAGCUGGCUCAUGGGAUAGCUUUACGCCCAGAGAAUUGUCCUCUGUCAAUGAUGCCGCAGAGGACAGACCGUACGAUCUGAUCGUCACCUCGGAGACGAUUUAUCGCAUGUCCAAUGUGCCAUCCCUACUUGCCGUCUUACGCAUGGCGAGUGCAGCAUCUCCUUCACUUCCCUCCAACCAAAAUGCUCGUUCCCCGGGAUUUUUGAGCUCACUGCUCAAUCGGAACAGGUCUCCAACCACUCCAUCCGCCGUAGACACGAAUGAGGUCAGAUGGACAUGGUCAAAGCCACUCGUGCUUGUAGCAGCAAAAGUACUAUACUUUGGAGUUGGCGGGAGUGUCGACGAGUUUGAAAGCAUGGCUCAAGAGCAGGGUGCCAAUCUUGCCGUUGUACAUGAGACGAAGAUUGGUGUUGGACGAAAGAUCUUGAGAUUGAGUUGGUCAUGA